AUGAACUUGACGGGGAGGACGGACUUCUAUGCCAUCCACUCCAAGAUGUAUUACGAGCUUCCUCCAUCCCUUGCCAGUCGACCUGAAACCUCCUCGUACUCGUGCGGCAUCGACCAGUGUUUCUGCGGGUACUGGGGGUUCUCUGGUCACAUGUGCACACCCGCCGAAGAGAGCUGCCGAUGUGCCGGUAAGAGAGGAGGUGAAAGGAGGAAGAGUGAGGAGGAGGAGGAGGAGGACGAGGAUGAGGAGGAGGAGGACGAGCAGCAGGCAGAUGAGGAGGCGGAGGUGAAGGUGGAUGGGGAGCCACCCAGCCCGAGAGAGUUUCUGUGGACCUGGUGCGAUGUCUGCCACGCUCAGCAUGACUGCAAGUUUGUGUUGAACGUGCUGAAUAUGAAUGCGAUGGACGACUAUCAAGGAGCCUGA